UAAAACGAGUGAUGUGUAGGAAGAGUUGGAGGUCAUAGGCCUUGAUGAACAGGUGGUGCUUAAGGUGUUUUUUGAAAGUGUCCAGGGAUGAAGCAUUUCUGAUCUCGGGAGGGAGAGAGUUCCAGAGAGCGGGGGCCGCUGAAGGCUAUGUCGCCGAAAGUUCAGCCGUGUGUGUGUGUGGAGGGAGUGGGGGGGGGGGGGGAGGGGGUAGCGGAAAGCAGACCAGUGUCAGACGAUCGUAGUUUCCGGGAUGGGGUUUAGGGGUGGAGAAGGUCGGUUAAGUACUGGGGGGCAGGGCAUGGAGGGAUGUGAGAAGGAGGACUUGAUUGGAAGCCAGUGAAGAUGGAUGAGUGUGGGGGUGAUAUGCUGCCAGGGCCUAGUGCGCUAGAGAACCCUGGCAGCUGAGUUCUGGACAUACUGGAGCCUGUCCAGGGCUUUGCUGGGUACCCCGGACAGGACUCCAUUGCAGUAGUUCAGACGGGAAGUGAUGAAGGCGUUGAGGAGGGUCUCUGCCACGGAGUCGGGGAGUGAUGGCCGGAGUCUAGGAUGACGCCUAGGUUGCGGACCUCGGAGGAUGGGUAUCUACUCCAGGAGAGGCUAUAGAGAUGUGGUCCUCGCUUCGAUCCACUGGACUGCAGCCAACUGGACGAGAGGAUUACCAAUUGUCACCGCCCUGGAAGGGGGUCCCCUCUUCUGUGAUCCUUCCCAAGGUUUCUUCCAUUUACCCUGUGAAAGGCGUCUUUGGGAGUUUUUCCUUGCCCGAUUGAUGGGGGUCUCAUAUACACACACACACACACACACACACAUAUGUGUAUAUAUAUAUAUAUAUAUAUAUAUAUAUAUAUAUAUAUAUAUAGUCCACAUGUCGAAGUGUCAUUGCGCAAGAUACCCCAAACUGCCCCCAAAGGCUGAGCCAUCGGUGUGUGAGUAAAGUAAAGCGCUUUGAGUGGUCGGAAGACUAGUAAGGCGCUAUAUAAAUGCAAGUCCAUUUACCAUAUAUAUGUAUGUAAGGGAUAAUGUACAGCGAGCCGGUCACUGUAGUGAAAUAAACUGUUAAUAAAAAUUAACUGGAUUCUAACAAAAACAUGUGAAUCCAGUUAAUCAACUCAACUUCUCUUAGCACAGUCUGUGCAUUUUGAUCACUCCAGUUCUCAGAAUAAGAGGGCAUUCAGGUAAACUGUGUCCCAUGAUGUCAGUUUGUGGUUUCAAAUUAACCUUAAUAAUAAUGGCAAUAACAUAAAAUUCAUCAAAAGAUAAUCAUACUAUUGUGCUUUCAUUUAAAAAUAAAAGCCCUCAAGGGUUUUUUCUUUGGACAGAAUUCCUUUAUUUGUUAACACGAGGCUUUUAUUCUGAAAUAUGAGCAGUCAGUGCUGUGGAACAUGCAGUGACUUGGAGAGCUCCAUGAAUUGAUAAAGUAUGGGGUUAAAAUCAACACUUCCUGCUUUCAUUUCGAAAUAAAAGCUCUCAAGCGUUUUUUCUGAGGACAGAAUUCCUUCCUUUGUUAAUACAAAGCUUUUAUUCUGUAAUAUGUGCCGGACAGUGUUCUAGAACAUGCAGUGACUUGGAGAGCUCCAUGAAUGAAUAUAGUACGGAAUUUGAAUUGUCGAUUAUCACAAUUAUUUACAAAUUACCACGUUUCUUAACCUUUUUCUGUCUUAAAUAAAUAUAAAUGAUAUUUAUAAUGAAAUGAAAUAGCCAUUAAAAGGCACACUCUAUGUAAAAGACAGGGCUGACAGCAGCAGCUGCAGCAGCAGAAACGCAACUGGUGUGAACACCUGACGCGUGAAUCACGCAGCCACCACGCGCUCCACGUUCCCUGUGUGUCCCGGGCGUUAGUAGUAUUAAUGAUUUUGUGUGUGUGGUUGUGUGGCUCUGGGAGGGUGGCGCCCUAGCGCCUUCUAUUGGCCAGCCGCCCCUGCCCUCCACCCCCCUCAAGCUCACUAAUUAACAUCUUACACCUUGUUUGUUUAAAGGAACAAGCAGAUCGCAGCACGCUGGAAAAAAAAGGAAAGCUCUUUCUGAACGUUGAUUGGCUUUUUUGAAUUCCCAGCUCAUGUGCUGCUGUAGCCAGACAAGACAUUAAUAACAGUGAGAUGAGGACGAAACACUGUUCAGAAAGUACAAGUACACAACACAAGGAAAGUAUACAUUUUCUAACCAUGAUGGAUAAUGUCUCUCUAAUAACAGUGUUUGUUCUUUCAGGUUUAAAUGAAACAAAGAACCACAGAGUUGCUCUCUUCUCACUCACUUUACUGUGUUACUGUUUCAUUGUGCUGGUAAAUGUUUCUCUUAUUGUGACCAUCAUCUUGGAUAAAAACCUGCAUGAACCAAUGUAUAUUCUAUUGUGCACUUUCUGCAUGAACGGCCUUUACGGGACAACAGGUUUCUUCCCCAAGUUUCUCUGGGAUCUGCUUUCUCCCGUUCAUGUGAUCUCUUAUUCUGGAUGCCUUGUUCAGGCUCUAGUCAUGUACUCAUUUGCCUGCAGUGAUCUGUCUAUUCUCGCAGUCAUGGCAUACGACAGAUAUGUGGCUAUAUGUCGACCCCUAGAGUACCACUCUAUCAUGUCAAGGCCGAGGCUCUUUCUGUUAGUCUGUUUCUCCUGUUUGACACCUUUCUGCAUUAUAGGCACAAAUAUUAUUCUAACAUCUAGAUUAAAGUUAUGCAGCCCAUUUAUUGCCAGACUUUUUUGUGUGAAUUGGAUUAUUGUCAAACUCGCUUGUUUCCCAGCUGACACUCUCGUUAACAACAUAGUUGCAUACAUGACAAUAAUCAUUUAUGUCUUUCAUGGUCUUUUUAUAACUUGGUCCUACAUGUAUCUCAUCAAAACAUGUGUGAAUUCUAUAGAAAACAGGGCUAAGUUCAUGCAAACAUGCGUGCCGCAUUUAGUCUCCUUGCUCACUUUUCUUGUGACUAUACUUUUUGAUAUUAUGCAAAUACGAUACGGUUCAAAAGAUUUACCUGGAACCUUUCAAAACUUUAUUGCAAUAGAAUUUCUUAUCAUACCUCCCAUGAUGAAUCCUCUCAUUUAUGGUUUUAAAUUGACCAAAAUUCGGAACAGAAUUCGGGGUGUUCUUACUUUUAAGAACAAAUAGAUUCAUAAGAUUCAUUUAAAGGGGACAUAUCAUGCUCAUUUUCAGGUUCAUAUUUGUAUUUUGGGCUUCGACUAGAACAUGUUUACAUGCUUU